CUGAAAAAAGAUGAAACAGUUUACUAAUUUUUUUUAUCAUUAUUAACUAGCGACUGUACUUUCUUAAGCUGAGUUUGUGCUUAAGGCUCAAGGGUAACUUGAGGAUAAGUUAACCUUAAGACAAUUCUUAUUGAAUUGCCUUUUCUCACUCUUAGUUCUUCUUCUUCUUCUCUCUCUCUUUAAUGAAACCAGGAAAGUGUGCUUCCGAUGGAACCUGCAAAUGAACCUCGAACUUCGUUAAUUUAGUUAACCCUUUUUUACUAUUGAUAUAUUGUUAUUGUUAAUUUUAAUAAUUCCCACAACAAUCGUCAUCGUUUUAACACAGUGUGUUGUGUAAACAACGGCUAACGGUUCAACAAUUAACGAUAACAAUUUACAUUCGAAUUCAAUAGUGAAACGAGAUUAUGGUUACACCGAGAACUUGGCCUUCGGUGUUGUGUCUACUUUUCAUUGUAGCAGCCUCAUUGACGACACCAGGCCAAGUUAACAGCUCCGAAGUCGAGGUAAAAGACGAUGCUACGAAAACUGAAUGUCGAAAGCACAUUGAAGAGGCUCUCAAUAAAUACUGGGAUCACGAAACUGGAACCUACCAAACUGUGGAUGGAUCUAAGGUAAACACAGAAGAAAAAAUAGAAACGGACCAUAAAACGACAACUGCCGAACAAAAUGAAGUGAAUACGAAUGAAAAGCCUUGUGAAGACGAUGAUAAUGAUGGUAUCUGCAAUGAAGACGAAGUCGAAGAGGUUCAAGAGCCAGCGGCUCAAAUUCCAGAGACUCCUUCACAAGCAACUGCCACUAGUGAUGAUACAAAAUCUAUCUGUCCAGAUGAUGAUGGAGACGGAAUAUGCAAUGAAGAUGAGGUAGAGGAAACUGAAUCCCCAGCAAAGCAGUCAGAUGAAAAGGACAAAAAUAAGGAAGAUAAUGAAAAUGCGGUUAAUGAUGAUGAUGCAGAAGACGAAGAAGAAGAAGAAGAAAGAGAAGCCAGAAAAGUAUUAAAGAAAAAGAAGAAGGAUCGAAAACGUUCCAAACAUGACGAGGAUGAAGAUGAAGAAGAUGAUAGCAUAUCAAGACGAAAAAAGAAGCGAAAACAAAGAGUUGCUUAUGAUGAGGAUGAAGAAGAAGAAAAUGUGAAAAAGAUAAAAAGAAAAGGAAAAUCCCGAAAGCAUUAUGCUGAUGAAGAUGAGGAAGACGAAGACGGAGAAAGGGAAAACUACGAGGAUGAAGACGGAGAUGAUAGACGAUCGAGGAGACGACAUCGAGGUAAAGAAGAGAAAGAUGAUGAAAUAGUAGAAGAAAAAGAAAAAGAAAAAGAGGAAGAACAAGUCAAAAACGAGGCCAAAUCAACAAGUGAGCCAAAAGAGACACCAGCACAAACUGCCCAACCAACUCCUGUUGUUGAACCUGUGGUGGAGCCUGAGCCUGAAACUGAAUCAGACUCGACUGACAUAACAUCGGGAAAAUCGCAUGUUGACGAAAUACUCAGACUCGGUGAAAUUGGCUCAAAAGAAGAAAUUGCUGAACAAAACUUGAUUUUAUCAAUUUUCCGUGAUCUGAAAAAAAUUUAUACAACAUCGAUUAAACCCUUGGAGACAAUGUAUAAAUAUCGUGAAAUAUCUACUCGAAUCAUCAGUGACGCAGAGAUUUUCGCUCGGCCAAUGGUUCUUAUUUUAGGUCCCAAAGGAAGCGGAAAAACCUCACUGGUUAACUAUUUACUUGGUCUUCAGGCAACUCCUUGGCAAUUAAAUACAGGAAUUUCAACGAGUUAUCCUCAUUUCACUUUAUUGGUCCAGGGUGAUACUUUCACAAAGCUAAGUCCAACUGAGCUUUCAGCUGACUUUACCUUUUCUGGUCUCCAACAAUUCGGUCAACACUUUGUUGAACAUCAUCUUCAAGCUUUUAAAAUGCCUCUUGAUGUCUUACAAAAGAUGACAAUUGUGGACUGUCCGGGUUUCAUUGAUGACAGUUUAAUGCCUAAGGAGCCGGGAAAAGGCAUUGAUGGUGAAGUUUACCAAUGGUUUAUUGAUAGAAGUGAUGUCAUUUACAUAAUGAUUGACGUUAACCAACUUCAUUUAACCAAUAAUUUACACUCCCUCCUGGAACAAUUAAGAGGUCGUGAUGUUAGGUUCAUUAUUUCCAAAUCUGAUUCAGUAACGCAUUCACAAAUUGUUACCUUGAUUGGACAAUUAUUAUGGGCCUUGUCUCCUCUUAUGACCAACAACCAGCCUCCUCAAGUCUUUGCAUUAACAACUCAAAUGGAAACUUAUGAACCUUUCCUUGAUCUUCAAGAACAAGAAUGGCUAAAAGAUUUAUCAAACCAAGUUUCCGGAUUAGCUCGUGUUGAAUCUCACAUAGCUGAGGUUCGCCGUCAUGCAGUGCGUGUACGUAAUCAUGCCAAAAUAAUUGACUGUUACCUGUCUACCUAUUACCGAAAUAAAGGAUUAUUCAUGUUUGGAACGUCCGCCAAGAAGUUCGCCUCCGAGAUUACAGAAAAUCCUAACCAAUACCGAGUCUUUAGUGGAGCACUGGCUGCUCAAGCACAGAAUAUAUCUAGAUAUGAUCUUCCAGAUCCUGAAUUGUAUCGCGAUUUCUUCCGAUCCAAUAAUCUCCUUGAUUUCAAACAAUUAUCAGCAACAUGUUCAUUUUUCAAAGGUUGCCCAUUGGAUAAAUUAGACGUUGCCAUUUCAUAUCAACUUCCAGAUCUUGUCUCUAAAUAUAAGAGGCUAACCAAAUUCAAGACAAACUAAAGUAAAAAAGCAACAAUAUUGAUUUACAAAUUAAAAAAAAACAAAUUACCACUUCUUUUGAUCUUCUCUUUCUCCUUUACUCUGUCUCGAAUCCUCUAUUUUCCUCCAAAUCUCAAAAUCCCUCUUCCCACUCAUCAUUUCUUCCUCUUCUUCAUUCCUUAUUCUUUCUUUCCUCCCCUCCUUACACCCUUCCUUCUUCACCACCUAUCCUCUUCUCAAUCUUCAAAUCUUCUAAAGUUUUGCAUAGAGUGACAACUCCUAGACAACGGGACACCAAUGCCUUCCAAAAUUGAAAAUAAAUUAUCUUUCUUCCUUAUUA